AUGUCGGUGCCUCCCGAACCACUGACACAGGUCGUGGUCGCGGACAACGAGAAGGUCCAGGCGGCCUCGAGCGAUCAGUCAGCAUCGGGAGAUUCGACCGAGGCCAAGGCCCCGGAUAAUGCGCUGCAACCACCAGACAAGAGAAAAUGGAAUCGCAAAUUAAAUCCUCUGCGAUGGGCAACACCGCCACCGGUCCCUGAAGAAAGAGCACCAUCGAGAGAGUAUGGCGCAUCUUUCUUUAGUAUAGUGACGUUUCAAUGGAUGUCACCUUUAAUGAGGGUGGGCUACUUGCGCCCGCUCGAUCUGCAAGACGUUUGGACUGUGAACCCUAACCGCACCGUCGAUGUCCUAUCAGAGCGUUUGGAUGCUGCCAUGGAGCGUCGAACAGCACGGGGCGGUAAACGCCCCCUGCUUUGGGCGCUUUCACUGUUGUUGGUAUUUGCGCCUUAUUUGACUCGUUACUUAAUUGCCUUUGCCACCGAGGCUUGGGAGGCUCAACACGAUGGCCAAGGCGCUCCCAAUCUUGGACGCGGAAUGGGCUUCGUCGUUGGCAUUUCCUGUAUGCAGGCUCUACAGAGUUUAUGCACGAAUCAGUUCUUGUAUCGUGGACAAAUGGUCGGCGGACAGAUUCGUGCAGUACUCAUCUCGCAGAUCUUCAACAAGGCGAUGAAGCUCUCUGGUCGUGCGAAGGCUGGUGGAAAGGCUACGUCGGAGGACAUCAAGGCCUUGGAAGCGACUAAAGAAGAGCUCAUCAAGUCUAAUGGGAAAGGAAAGGGCAAGGAGGAGCAACCGUCUCCCGCUGGCGUAGCAGGCGACGGUCGUGGUUGGAACAAUGGAAGAAUAGUUGCGUUGAUGAGUAUCGACGUCGACCGCAUCAAUUUGGCUUGCGGCAUGUUCCACAUGAUUUGGACCUCGCCUAUCUCCAUCAUCGUGACCUUGAUUCUACUGUUGGUCAACAUUGGCUACAGUUGUCUCUCAGGCUACGCUCUGCUCGUUAUCGGCGUGCCAUUCUUGACGUAUGCCGUUCGAUUCCUAGUCAAGCGACGAAGAAACAUCAACAAGAUCACGGAUCAGCGAGUCUCUUUGACCCAGGAGAUUCUGCAAGCUGUACGAUUUGUCAAAUACUUUGGCUGGGAAAGCGCCUUCCUGAACCGCCUCAAGGAGAUUCGCUCACGUGAAAUUCGAUCCAUCCAGACUUUGCUGGCUGUCCGAAACGGUAUUCUCUGUGUCUCCAUGUCAAUCCCCAUUUUCGCCUCUAUGCUAGCGUUCAUCACUUACGCCCUUUCAAACCACGACCUCAAUCCUGCACCGAUUUUCUCGUCCUCGCUCUUUACCGAUGCCUCAACCGCCCUCCAACGAAUUCAAGAAUUCUUGUUUGCCGAAGAACAGCAAGAAACCAUCGAGCAUGACGAGGAAAUGGAAAACGCCAUUGAAAUUGAACAUGCCUCCUUUACAUGGGAACGAUUGCCGACGGAUAAAGAUGCCGAAAAGCCUGGUAAGAAGGCCGAUGCUGCCGCGGCUGCUUUGAAAGAGAAGGAGGAGGCCGAGAAGGAAGCGCCCACAGAACCAUUCAAACUGAAGGAUCUGACACUGGAAGUGGGCAGAAAUGAGCUGUUGGCUGUGAUUGGUACAGUUGGCUGCGGCAAAAGUUCUCUUCUUUCUGCACUGGCAGGGGACAUGCGGGUCACUGAGGGUAAAGUCCGAAUGAGCACUUCUCGAUCAUUCUGUCCUCAAUACGCUUGGAUUCAAAACGCCUCCGUGCGCGACAACGUUCUGUUUGGAAAGGAUUAUGACGAGAAGUGGUACAACGAAGUCAUUGAUGCGUGCGCCCUAGCCCCUGACUUUGAAAUUCUUCCCAAUGGGGAUCAAACCGAGAUCGGCGAGCGCGGUAUAACUGUAUCUGGAGGACAGAAGCAGCGGUUGAACAUCGCUCGUGCUAUCUACUUCAAUGCCGAAAUGGUUCUUAUGGAUGACCCCUUAUCAGCAGUGGAUGCCCAUGUCGGCCGUCACAUUAUGGACAAGGCCAUCUGUGGUCUUCUCAAAGACCGCUGCAGAAUUCUGGCGACCCAUCAACUCCAUGUGCUUAGCCGAUGCGAUCGCGUUGUGGUCAUGGACCAAGGGAAGAUCCAUGCGGUUGACACGUUUGAUAACCUGAUGCGUGAUAACGAAAUCUUCCAGCGGCUCAUGUCUACGUCAGGACAGGACGACGUCGAGGAGGAGUCAGAGGAUGGUGAAGAGGUGGAUGAGAAGCUCAAGGAGAAGGAGUCAGGUCCCAAAAAAGCUGCGCCUGGCAAACCGGCUGGGGGUUUGAUGCAGCAAGAAGAAAAGGCCACCGCCUCCGUUGGUUGGAGUGUCUGGAAAGCUUAUAUCCGGGCAUCCGGCAGCUAUUUCAACGCGCUCAUGGUUUUCAUCCUGCUCGCACUUGCGAACGUCUAUCCCUGGCUGUCUACAGGCCAGUAUAUUGGCAUCUAUGCCGGACUCGGUGGUAUGGUCGUGUUGAUGAUGUUCCUGUUCUCAACAUACAUGACCACCUGCGGAACAAAUGCCAGUAAGACCAUGCUUCAGCGUGCGAUGAGGCGUGUCCUUCGCGCCCCGAUGUCUUUCUUCGAUACCACACCCCUCGGUCGCAUCACCAACCGGUUCUCCAAGGAUAUUCAGGUCAUGGACAAUGAGAUCUCGGAUGCUAUGCGUAUGUACGCGUUAACAAUGACUAUGAUUAUCUCCGUCAUGGUUUUGAUCAUUGUCUUCUUCUACUACUUCGUCAUCGCCCUUGUUCCAUUGAUGAUCUUGUUCCUACUCGCUGCCAACUACUAUCGAGCCUCCGCCCGCGAGAUGAAACGCCACGAAUCAGUUCUUCGAUCCAUGGUGUACGCCAAAUUCGGCGAAGCUAUCACCGGUACCGCCUGCAUUCGCGCCUACGGCGUGGAGAACCAGUUCCGCACCAGCAUUCGCAACGCGAUCGACGUGAUGAACGGCGCAUACUUCCUCACCUUCUCUAACCAGCGCUGGCUGAGUAUUCGACUUGAUGCAGUUGCCACAUGCCUCGUGUUUGUCACUGGUGUGCUGGUCGUGACCUCUCGAUUCAAUGUUUCCCCCAGCAUUUCUGGCUUGGUUCUGUCUUAUAUUCUCUCUAUCGCUCAGAUGUUGCAAUUCACUGUUCGGCAAUUUGCCGAAGUGGAGAAUGAUAUGAACGCGACUGAGCGUGUCCAUUAUUAUGGAACUGAGCUGGAGGAAGAGGCACCCUUGCAAGGUGUUGAGGUUUCCCCCAGUUGGCCUGAGAAGGGCAGGAUUGUCUUCCAGGAUGCGCAGAUGCGAUACCGUGACGGCCUGCCGCUUGUGCUCAAGGGUCUCAGCAUGGAUGUUAAAGGCGGCGAGCGAAUUGGUAUUGUCGGGCGCACUGGUGCCGGCAAGUCGAGUAUUAUGUCUGCUUUGUUCCGCCUGACCGAACUGUCUGGAGGCAGCAUCCACAUCGACGAUCUGAACAUCUCCACGGUCGGUCUUCAAGACCUUCGAUCGCGCCUUGCCAUUAUCCCUCAAGAUCCAGCUCUCUUCAAGGGCACCAUUCGCACGAACUUGGACCCUUUCAAUGAACAUUCUGAUCUGGAACUGUGGUCUGCUCUGCGCAGGGCCUACCUGAUUGGUGAAGACACUGCAGGUCCCGACACAGAAGGUCUCCCCAGCAUUCCUGGAACCGGCACCACCACCCCAGCCACCGACAGCGACGCAAAACCCCGAAAUCGCCUGACCCUGGAGUCCCCCGUCGACGAAGAGGGUCUCAAUUUCUCUCUGGGCCAGCGUCAACUCAUGGCUCUUGCUCGCGCGCUCGUUCGCGACGCACGUAUCAUCGUCUGUGACGAAGCUACGUCCUCCGUUGAUUUCGAAACCGAUCAGAAGAUCCAGCGCACCAUGGCUCAAGGCUUCCAAGGCAAGACGCUGCUCUGCAUUGCCCAUCGCCUGCGCACAAUCAUCCAUUACGAUCGAAUCUGCGUCAUGGACCAAGGUCAAAUCGCCGAGAUGGACUCGCCGAUCAACCUCUGGAACAAGACAGACGGCAUCUUCCGCGCAAUGUGCGACCGCAGCGGCAUCACUCGGGAUGACAUUUUGAUGGCCGACUGA